UCACAAACUUCCAGAGGCCGACGCCGGGCACAUGGUGACACCCUAACCUCUGCAAUUCCAUAUUUUCUCACAUAAAAAAACAGAAAAACCUCAUUGGAAGGUUGAAAGCUGUGAAAAUGAGUAUGAAACUCAUUGCGAAUGCUGAGGACCUCCCCCUGGGAGCCCUGAUUGCAUCAGAAGUCAUCAGUUUGAAGGGGAAAGGGGAAAUUGAUGUGGAGUUGUCGAAAGAGUUGAAAGCACCAGCCAAUGCUCAAUUGUUGGUUAGUGGGAAGAUCCUCUGCGAGAGUAGCACUGACGUCAGUCGGUUCCUAGCCAGGACUGUUGAUACUGAUCUUUAUGGUGGUGACAACAACAUUGACAGGACCCAAGUAGACAGCUGGAUCUCCUUCUCCCUAGGUCGCCUCUCCUCCAGAAAAUCCAGGGAGUCUUCCCUAGACUACCUCGACAAGGCCCUGGUGACAAAAACCUGGCUUGUAUCGAAGCACCUCACCCUCGCUGACAUCUUCGUCUUUUCCACCCUGAGGACCCAGUCCUACACCCCUGCCUCCUCUCCGACCCACUGCAACGUCAACCGUUGGUUCAACGAGAUGUCCUCCCUACCAUCAGUUCAGAAGUACUCCUCCCUCCUCAAGACAGCCCCUUCAAAACCCAUCAAGACUCCCUCAAACGAGACUCCCCCACCAGAAGGAAGAAAACAGGAAGGCAAGUUCAUCGAACUCCCAGGGGCUGAGGAGGGAAAAGUCGUCGUGCGUUUUCCACCAGAAGCUAGUGGCUUCCUCCACAUUGGACAUGCCAAGGCAGCCCUUCUGAACGCCCACUAUGCGGAGGCCUUCAAAGGACAGUUGAUCAUGAGAUUCGACGACACGAAUCCAGCUAAAGAAACCGUGGAAUUCGAGCAAGCCAUUCUGGAGGAUCUGCAGCUGCUCGAGAUCAAACCGGACAGGUUUACCCACUCCUCUGACUACUUCGAGCUGAUGCUGAAGUACUGCGAGCAGUUGAUCAAGGAGGGGAAGGCCUUUGUCGAUGAUACCCCUGCCGAAACUAUGAAAGAAGAGCGGGAGAAGAGAUUGCCUUCGACAAAUCGUGAUAAUUCAGUGGAGAAUAAUCUGGAGCUGUGGGGAGAGAUGCAGAAGGGGUCCAAGAGGGGCCAGGAGUGCUGUGUCAGAGCUAAAAUCGAUUACGAAUCCACCAAUGGGUGCAUGAGAGAUCCCACGAUCUAUCGCUGCAAGCCUGAACCCCAUCCAAGGACUGGGACCAAGUACAAGGUCUAUCCGACUUAUGAUUUCGCUUGUCCCAUUGUGGAUGCAGUGGAGAAUGUCACGCAUACGUUGAGGACGACUGAGUAUCAUGACAGAGAUGAUCAGUUCUUCUGGUUCAUCGAGGCUUUGGGGUUGAGGAGGCCUCAUAUCUGGGCAUAUUCCAGGCUCAAUAUGACGAACACUGUUUUGUCCAAGAGGAAGCUGACGUGGUUUGUCGAUAAGGGACUUGUUGAUGGCUGGGAUGAUCCCAGAUUCCCCACGGUUAGGGGCAUUCUCAGGAGGGGUAUGACGGUGGAGGGACUGAAGCAGUUCAUCAUUGCUCAGGGGAGCUCAAGGUCGGUGGUGUUCAUGGAGUGGGACAAGAUCUGGAGUAUCAAUAAGAAAGUUGUGGAUCCUGUGGCGAUCAGAUAUACUGGAUUGAACGAGAAUGAACUGAUCCCAGUUCAUGUUAGUGGAGCCACUGAAGGCGUUUCAACCGUUCAGAACCAUCCAAAAGACCCAUCAAAAGGCACAAAACAAAUAAAAACAGGUCCAUUGGUUCUGAUCGAGAGGACCGAUGCUGAGACUCUCAAAGAGGGACAGAAUGCCACUUUCAUCAACUGGGGAAAUCUCAUGAUUCAGAGCAUCAAGAAAGAGAACGGGGUCAUUACCUCAGUCAACGCCAAACUUAAUAUUGACAAUAAAGAUUAUAAGAAUACUGUGAAGCUCACGUGGCUGGCUGCCAAGAAUGGACCUAAGGAGGUCUCCACUGAUGAGUUGCUUAACUGUUAUGCUGUGUACUUCGAUCAUAUUAUCAGUAAAGCCGUCCUAGGGAAGGACGACGAUUUCAAGGAUUUCGUGGCCAAGGAUACGAGAAAAGAAGUGAAACUCGUUGGUGAACCCGAGUUGAAACGUGUGAAAAAGGGUGAAAUAAUUCAGCUCCAACGAAAGGGUUUCUUCCGUUGUGACGUUCCCUACGAGCCAACCACAGGUUUCUCCUGUCGUGAGCAACCCCUCAUCCUCUUCCACAUCCCCGAUGGACACGCCACCUCCACCACAUCAGCAUCAACUCCUCAAGCAACGAAGAAAACUGCUGUCGGAGGUUCAAGCAAAAAGAAGGACCUUGGGGAGAUAAUACAGAGCAUCGAAGCACAAGGAAAUAAAAUCCGCGAUCUGAAAACAGCUAAAUCAGACAAGAGUGUGAUUGACCCUGAAGUUCAGAAACUACUGGCCCUCAAAGCUGAGUAUAAACAAGUUUCUGGGAGUGAUUGGAAGCCUGGGGUGACAGCCCCAGCGUCAUCAUCUGCCCCAGCGCCUUCCAAGGACCUUGGAGAGAUAAUAAAGCGCAUCGAAGCACAAGGAAAUAAAAUCCGCGAUCUGAAAACAGCUAAAUCAGACAAGAGUGUGAUUGACCCUGAAGUUCAGAAACUACUGGCCCUCAAAGCUGAGUAUAAACAAGUUUCUGGGAGUGAUUGGAAGCCUGGGGUGACAGCCCCAGCGUCAUCAUCUGCCCCAGCGCCUUCCAAGGACCUUGGAGAGAUAAUAAAGCGCAUCGAAGCACAAGGAAAUAAAAUCCGCGAUCUAAAAACAGCUAAAUCAGACAAGAGUGCGAUUGACCCUGAAGUUCAGAAACUACUGGCCCUCAAAGCUGAGUAUAAACAAGUUUCUGGGAGUGAUUGGAAGCCUGGGGUGACAGCCCCAGCGUCAUCAUCUGCCCCAGCAUCGUCCAAGGAUCUUGCAGGGUUGAUAAAGCGCAUCGAAGUUCAGGAAAAUAGAAUCAUUUUCCUGAAAACAGCCACAACCGAUAAGACUAUAAUUGACCCUGAGGUUGAGAAACUAGUGGCCUUCAAAGCUGAGUAUAAACGAAUUGUUGGGAAGGCUUGGGAGUUUGGGGUGAGAGCCCCAGUACGAUCCAAUACUGCCCCAUCCUCAAAGGACCUUCUGACCCUCUACAACAAAGUAACAGAGCAAGGAGAUAAAAUAAGGACUUUGAAAGACGCUAAAAUUGACAAGAAAAUACUAGACGAAGAGGUGAAGCUCUUCCUAGCCAUGAAGAAGGACUACAAAGAGGCUUCUGGAAAGGAGUGGAAGCCCAACGAGGCCCCCCAAUCCUCAAACGAUUCUGAAGAUCUUUCCAGGAAGAUCAAAGAACAGGCAGAUAAAAUCGAGGAGCAGAUCAAGUUGCUCUCGUCCCUGAAGUCUCAGUUCAAGUCAGCAACUGGUAAAGAAUGGUCCUCAUCAUCUCCAUCAUCUUCGCAAAAUUCAGCUGAGGAAAUCAGCAAGAGAAUCCAGGAGCAAGGAGACAAAGUGAGAAAACUUAAAUCCGAAAAAUCAGAGAAGAAAGCUGUUGACGAGGCAGUUCAGCUUCUCCUCUCCCUCAAAUCAGAAUACAAGAGUCAGACAGGUCAAGAAUGGAAGGCACCAGACUCAAAACCAGUGAAACAGGAUGACAAAAAAUCUUCAAAUAAAGCUGACGAGUUAUCUCGACGAAUUGCUGAGCAAGGGGAUAAAGUUCGUCAGUUAAAGUCGAGUAAAGCUGAGAAAGAGGUGAUCGACGAGGAAGUGAAGAGUCUCCUCAAGCUGAAGGCCGAGUACAAGACAGCAACCGGAGAUGACUGGAAACCACCUGUUGACGCCAGCAAGAAGGCCCCGAAGUCUUCAGAGAAGCCCAAGAAGGACAAACCUAAAGAGGAUAAGAAGGAGCCCUCGAAGACAGGAACUCGACUAGGUCUUGAAGCUAAAAAACUCGAGAACCUUCCAGACUGGUUCUCCCAGGUUAUCACAAAAGGCGAGAUGAUCGAGUACUCCGACAUCUCAGGGUGCUACAUCCUCCGUCCCUGGAGCUUCUCCAUCUGGGAGGCAAUCAGGGACUUCUUCGAUGGGGAAAUAAAAAAGCUCGGGGUGGAGAACAGUGCAUUCCCCAUGUUCGUAUCGAAAGCAGCUCUGGAACGUGAGAAGAACCACAUCGCUGAUUUUGCUCCUGAGGUGGCGUGGGUUACGAAAAGUGGAGACUCUGAGCUCGCUGAGCCCAUCGCCAUCAGGCCAACAUCAGAGACCGUCAUGUACCCAUUCUACGCAAAAUGGCUCAAGUCUCACAGGGAUCUUCCCCUGAAGUUGAAUCAGUGGAACAGCGUCGUCAGGUGGGAGUUCAAGCAUCCCCAGCCCUUCCUGAGGACACGUGAGUUCCUCUGGCAGGAGGGGCAUUCAGCUUUCCUCACGAAGGCUGAGGCUGACGAGGAGGUGCUGACAAUCCUCGAUCUUUAUACCAGGAUUUAUGAGGACUUUCUUGCUAUUCCUGUUGUUCGAGGGAGGAAGACUGAGAAGGAGAAGUUCGCGGGUGGAGAUUAUACCACGACUGUUGAGGCUUACAUAUCAGCUAGUGGGAGGGCCAUCCAGGGGGCAACCAGUCAUCAUCUGGGGCAGAACUUCUCGAAGAUGUUUGAGAUAUUGGUUGAGGGAGCGGAGGAGGGCAGCGAGAAGACCUUUGUUUAUCAGAAUUCUUGGGGACUCACCACGAGGACCAUUGGGGUGAUGGUCAUGGUCCAUGGGGAUGACAAAGGGCUGGUGCUGCCUCCCAGGGUGGCGAAGGUGCAGGGGGUCAUUGUGCCCUGUGGCAUCACUGCGACGACCAGUGGAGAGGAGAGAGAGAGGCUCAUGCAGGAGUGCAGGAAGCUCGAGGAGGAGCUAGGGGAGGGUGGGGAGUUGAAGGUCAGGGGGGAUUAUAGGGAUAAUUAUAGUCCGGGGUGGAAGUUCAAUCAUUGGGAGCUGAAGGGAGUGCCGGUGAGGAUUGAGGUGGGCUUCAAGGACCUCGAGAGGGGGGAGGUGACACUUGUGAGGAGAGACACCUCGGAGAAGGUCACCGCCAAGAGGAACCAGGCGAAGGAGGCAAUCAAGGGGUUGCUGGAGGAGAUUCACAGGAAUAUGCUUGCCAAGGCUACUUCCGAGCUCCAAAGCCACCUCAGACAAACAAAUGAUUGGAAUGAGUUUUGCAAACUACUGGAUCAGAAGAACCUGUUGCUCUCACCAUUCUGUGGAGACAUGAACUGUGAGGAUCAGAUUAAAGCUGACAGCACAAGGAGUGAUGACGAAGAGCCUGGUGCUCCGUCAAUGGGAGCAAAGAGUCUCUGUAUCCCCUUCGAUCAGCCUAAAGUGUCCCUGGAUUCUCUGAAAUGUGUUCAUCCGAAAUGUUCGAAGAAACCCAAGUUCUACACUCUGUUUGGAAGGAGUUAUUGAGCGAGAGAGAACUGAAGAGGACUUUUUUCUUUGAAAAUUAUGAUAUAAGUAAUGUGAAUUAUUAGAUUGAAUGGAAUUUAUACCAGUAAAGUUGAUUAUAUUCCAUGUUUUUAUUUGUA